UCAUUCACAUAAGUAGGAGUCAGUUUGUAUACUUAACAAUAGGAAAUCAUGAAUGACCUUGCUCAACCCCCGAAGAGCACCCUGCUGCAGCAAAGGAGUGCCAGAUUGGCUGACUCAAACGCUGCCCUUCUCGGAUCAGAUUUCACUCCGUCUGCACACGGUGAAACUCGGGGACUGAAAUAGCUUCCUCAUGCUGACCAAUAACAACAUGUAUUUGUAGGUACUGUUGAUGUUCCCUCAGAGAAAGACAGUAACGGAUGUCGUUUAUAACGAAACAUGCAACAGCAACAGCAGUAGCAGAGGUACAGCUAGAAAUUCCGAGUCUGCUCAAAGAAAAACCCUUGAACUAUCAUCAAGUAUCACUCCACAGAGGGCAGCAGAGAGCCUCAGUGCAGCGCAAAAUGUCACAUGACCAUCUGGGCCUACAGCACAGGACAUGAUUUCCUGAACCUCUGGCUGCCUGCAUCAGCUGACACCCUCUGUUAGCUUUAAGGACAUCCAGGAUAUUUCAACCAUGGCCAUGAGUCCCAGUUCCCGACGCUGUGGCAGCCUGAGUCCUGAGGGGAUCCUGAGAGAGAUCCAGGUCAAUUUGCUGGAGUGUAAAGUUUGCUUCGAGAAGUUCUGCACUCAGCAGAGGGAGCGCAGACCACAGAACCUUUCCUGUGGCCAUGUACUCUGUCUGGAAUGCAUCAGAGCUCUGUCCCACCCUCUCCUGAGGAAGCUGGAGUGCCCGUUCUGUCGACAGCUGUGCAGUGUUGACAGCACCUCCCACUGCCAGGUUCUUAGUGACCUCCAGGAGCUACUGUUGUCUCGGACUCCCAUUUUCUCUGCUCCUCCUCACAGGGCAAAAGGAGGCUUUAGUGAGGCUGCAGGUCUGACAUCAACAGGUCUGCACCUCUGCACAGCUUUUGGCGGCUGGGGGACUCUUAUCAACCCUACUGGGAUAGCUGUUUUAGGCUCCUCUGGGACAGCAGUGGUGGUGCAUGAUGGAGAGAAGGGGGUGGUGGUGUUCAGUCCCCAAGGAAAGAAGCUGCACAGUUUUGGGCAAAGAGGACAGGCCAGUGGGGAGAUCUGUUACCCAGUGGAUGUGGCGGUGACUCCUUGUGGUUACGUGCUGGUGACUGAUGCAGGGGAUAAAGCUGUGAAGGUUUUCACCUCCAGAGGGAACCACGUGUUGACAGUCAAGGAUUCUUUCCAGAUGCCCUGGGGUGUAGACACAGACAGCUGUGGGCACAUCGUGGUCUCAGACAUCCAGGCUGGCAUGCUGUGUCAUGUACAAGUGGACUAUGCUCAUGGUGUUAUUCUGCAGCAUCAUACACCCAUUUCUGACCUUCAGCAUCCAAAAGCUGUGGCCUGCUGUCGAGUGACCGGGAACACUGCAGUGAUGGAACACUUAACCGAUGACACACAUCCACCAGAGAGGCACCAACACACAAGGCUGAAAGUGUUUACCAAAGACUUCCACCUCCUUUAUCAGACAGACACUUUCAGCCUGACCCUGCAGUCCACAGUGAGGCUGGACAUGUCAAGUGUGGCUUUUGACAGAGAUGGAAAUGUGAUUGUGAUUGAUUCUAAACAGGGGAUGGUCUGGAGUUUAGGGAAGCUCCAGAACAGCCCGGUCUUGACUCCUCUUGUGGGAGACCUUAUCCGCCCAGUUGGACUGGUGUCACUGAACAACAUGCUCAUCAUCCUGGAUGGUGGAGACCAUGCAGUAAAGUUUUAUUCUGCUACAUCUGAUACUGGACCUGUGAAGUAGCUCAUGUAUAAACAGGCCUAGAGUAGCCAUGUGAAAUGUAGCUUAUCAUAUCAUAAAGUGAUUAGGUGACCUGCUGAUACUAAGUAAAGUUUUACUUUGAAAAAAAAAAAAGUAGAUUGAAAACUGUGAACAUUUCAGGUGCUAUAGUCGAUUCUAUGCAUUGUAGUAUUGGUUGUGCAGUCAUUUACAACUAAUGUUUUUGUUUUGUUAUUAUUGUCCUAUUUUUUGAAAAUAAACUGCAUUAUUUCUGAA